GUUAUGUUAUGGACCAAGAACAAAACUGAUAUCAGAGAACUCACUGGUAUAAAUCUAGGCUCACAGGUUGCAGUUGAUCAAGAACAAUGGAUUUCAAUGAAACAAACAUGACUGGUCUGAAUAAUACCACAUAUGACGAUGGUGGUUAUAGUACAAAUGCAUAUAUACAUUUUACCAUAGCAUCUGCUGUGGCUAUAGCUCUAUGCCUCUAUGGAAUUGUGGCAAAUAUUGUUGUCUUCUGGUUUCUUGCCUUCAGGAUAAAGAGAAACAAAUAUACUGUUUAUAUUAUCAACCUGGCAGUAGCUGACGUCAUCUUUCUAUUACUUACUGCUCUAAUAAUGAUUAUAUAUAUAAACACACUAAUUGGUGUAAACCCUAAUUUUACCGGAAAAAAGACUCUCUAUAUAUUUAUAGAAAUAUUUUAUGAUGCCGCUCAGUAUUCAGGAAUGUUCUUCAUCACAGCCAUUAGCAUUGAACGAUGUCUCUCAAUGAGCGUUCCCACAUGGUGCCAUUGUAACCGACCAAAGAACCUAUCGUCCAUCAUGUGUUUUCUCCUCUGGUUUGUUGGCUGCUUAGAAAGUCUGAUUGAAAAUUUUGCAUGUCCUCCAGAAGAUUUUGCGGCUCAGACAAACGUAUGUUCAGGAGUUGAGCUAAUGACAUUUAGUAUAGGGGUUGGUAUUUGCUUGCCAUUGAUGAUCAUUUCAAGUCUUACACUACUAAUCAUGCUACAAAAAUUCAGAAAGAAAAUUUCAAUAGCACUUUGCAUACUCAUCAUCAUUGCUGUCUUAAUCUUUAUACUGUUUGUCAUUCCAUUCAACUUUGUAUGGUUUUUAAUGUAUUUUCAGGUUUUGAGUUUAGAUGUUCAGUAUGUCAGUUUGUACUAUGCCAGUGUGUUUAGCACUUCACUGAAUAGUACUAUCAAUCCUUUUCUAUAUUUAUUUACUGAGCUCAAAUGGAGAAAACAUGUCUCCAUUCAAGAAGAUGAGAAAGAAAUUCAAACCAGCAGUGACAAAAUAUCAGCUGUAAUGUCAAAGUAGUUUUAGAACAACUAUGGAAAACA